AACAAAAGCCUUCAAAAUGGGAUAUUAUAGAAUUUUUAGAGCAAUGCGACCUUGAGCCGUACGGCAAAAAAGUGGAUCUCGUGGUGAGCAAAAAAGAGAAAAGAAAAGGCAGAAGAACUUCUCAGAAGAUAAGCCAUUCGCGUGGCUAUUCGCGUAAAUCGCGGCCGCCGAGCCACAAAAUCAGUGUUGGAGCACAGGCGACCCAUGAUUCGCUCCCGGGCACAGGAGACCCACGAUUCGCUCCCGGUGUCCUGAUGUUCAAGACCAUUCGCGUGGCUAUUCGCGAAAAUAAACCUAACCAACAACGCGUCAAAGAUUGGGAAAAAACACGUAAAUCAAGUAAUGGUUCCUCGAUUCAUAUCCACAACAUCCACAAUUCGACAUUAUCAGGAAACUCUCUUAUCGUUGCUGGGAACACUUCAAUUACUAAAGCUACUACUAAACGCAAGCGAGAGGGCCUUAGAGAGGGGAAGGUAGUAUCUUAUGCCGAAAGCUUAACAGAAAAUUAUAUUUCGUUAACCUUAUAUUAG